UAUGCUCUUCAUACUUCGUAGAUCUAUGGUCCUGGAUGGAUGGGCAUGGCCAGGCCAGAUGACCUGAGCUGAGUGAGUGAUUGGCUUGGAUGUUGACCAUGUUGACGUAACGGUCGUUGGACCGUUGGGGUCGAAUGCAGAGCUAGCUUGGCCAGCUUGGCCAGUUUUCCACACGUGCUGAAUGAACGCAACAGUAUGCAUAGUAAUGAGUCCCAUCACAGCUGAAUGCUGAGUGCAUUGUAAUAAACAGGCAUGUGCAAUCCGUAGUUGCGACCAGUUGCUGGCGGGUGCGCGCUGUGCAGUGCUGGGGAGAAACACAGCGAGGAUCCGCUGAUGUCCAGGCAAGGCAAGAACUUGAAGGAUGGAGAGAGAAAACGACAUCGGAAUGUCGGUAGCUGGUGGAACGUCCACUGCAGACCAAGGAAACAUGGAACAGCAGGCUGUUUCCGAUGUAAAUGAUUCCGACAAGAAGCAAUGCUGCGUAAAGCUCGAUCGUAUUCCGAAGCGUAUAAACGUGGCGUUGCCGAUCCAGAGCUUCAUACCAGGCCUAGCGACAGGCCCCGCAGCUGGAAGCGUUCUACCGAUUUUCUCCAAUACCGGAAUGCCGCUCUACCUCGGGAUCGUACCCGCUAGCCAUCAGCAACAACAGCAGCGGACAGCGCCAGUGGGAGUGCAACAGCGACAAGCUGGCGAGACUGUCACGGUGGACAAGGUCGUGUACAAAGUUGGCCCUACAAUGUGCAGGGAAACCAAAGUGAAUUUGCUGAAAUCGGCUGAUGUCUGCAAUCCAUGUGUGUGUAAAAGCGAGGAUGGUUGCGAGCGAUGUGAGGAUCGCUACUCGACCGUGGCCCAAACAGAUAGGCACCGUGAAGAUGGAGAUACGAGCAGCAUAACGGAAAGGUCCGAGGUGGCUCCAUCUAUAUCUUCCAUACCAGAUGUUCAUUCCGAAAGAGGGUACAGCAUAGGUGAAGAUGAGGAGGCAAGCUCAGUGACAAGCGACGUAAAUCUCAGAUAUGGGAGACGAGCAGCAAGAGCCCCGUCCCAAGCCUCACAGCAGUCGUACGAGCGCGAGUCAAGAGCUCGCACACACAGCGGUCGCCCCCAGGGACGUGGUGUCCAAUUCCCAAAUAGUCUUGCCGCCAUACUGAAGCAAUCCAAGUCAGGCGGUGCUGACGAGGAAGGUGGCCUGGAUGAGGAUGACAUUAAUGUUCUGACCGCCAUCACUGGCAGUCCUCCUGGAUCUCAUGACGAUGUGCAUACCGCCAACUCCGAUGUACAUUCGCAGGGAAAUGCCGACUGGAAUGCGGAGCGCUCUGCGUAUGCAGCGAGCAGCAUGACAGCGUCAACUCGUGAUGGUGGGGGUGCCGCUGGUGCUAUCUACAGCGAUGACAGUGACGAUGAUGAUGAUCCCACUGGAAAGAAGGUCCUGAUGCGAAGCCCCGCCGAUAUCCGCGUUGUCGAGAAGCUAUUUGGCCUGAGCACUGUAUCGACUGAGGAGGCCAUGAGAAUUGCAACCAUGCCCGUCCAGGAACUGAACAAACUCAUGCAACAAGCCGGCUUGAGUGAUGCAGACUCUUCUCUUGUCCGGGACAUACGGCGGCGUGGUAAGAAUAAAGUUGCUGCCAGGAAUUGCCGAAAGAGGAAGAUUGAGAAUAUUGAGAAGUUAGAGGGCGAGGUCGACUUCCUGAACUCAAAGCGGGAAAGCUUGCUAGACGAGCUUCGGAAGGUGAAGACGGAUACGGAGAAGUAUAAGAAGUGUGUCCAAAGAAUCCGGCACUUCAUGAUAAAGAAACGGGGCCAUGCCUCUGCCGGUAGCCAGACGAACUUAUCUACCAUAUCAGCAGCUGACAUCAAUACUACGAAUGCACUUGCUGCUUCCGGCUCGUUGGGCCAGGAUUAUCUCAGUAGUGUGCCAUUCUCAGCAACAUCUACAGACAGCUCUGUCUUCACUGCUCUGGACGGACAGUCGGAAGGUAUGGGCUCAACGAGCAAUCUGCUAGCCGCAUCAUCUUCCUCUCUACAACAUCAACGCCAGCAUCAAGCAGUGCAACGGACUGGUAGCGGUGGUAGCAAUGCUGGCGAGUUUCUUUCAGUUCCGGCUCAGUUGAGCGUCAUUUCCGGAAUGAAUGCAAUGGCUGGCUAUCCACCUGCAUCCCUACCCGACGGAAGCCGGGCCAUUUUAGACUUGCAGCAACUCACUCCAGAGAGCCCUCCCACGUCCAGUACCAAUGCCACAUCUGUUGCUGGCAUGUACUUCAACACAAGCAAUCAAGGAGUGACCGCAAUGACCAGCCUCCCAGGAGUAUCCCAGACUGCCACAAAUGUCGCCCCGAUUCCAGCUGGCAUACAAAUUCAACCGCCGUUUCAGACGUUAUAUGCUGGAUCUGCCGGGACAGGGCAGAAUGUGCAACUUAGUGUUCUGCCACAAGGCACAACAUGGGUUCCCGCACAAUGGCCGGCAGCGGCAGCAUUCCGCCCCGCCAUGCAAUGAACUAUGCAGUGUGAGGCGGCUAUGUGACGAUUGCCGAAUGCCGACAUCUUGGCUAGGAUGCAUAGUAGAUUGUUAGACCGGUGGCCGGGUGGCUCCGCCGCAUCACUGCCCCCCGUAGCACAGUCUUGUAACCAGCUGUAUCUCCACCCUGCCGGAGUGCGACUCGUCUCCAACAUGAACAUCAUGCAGACAAGUAGAGGGUGGGGAUGAGAGCACGGCCGAUGAUAGGAGUUUUCAGUUCUAACACUUGCUUAGGCUGAUAGUGCAGAGCUUGUAGAUCCUAGAUACGUUUUAUACACAAUUGCAAUGAUGAGAUUACUGAGACAACUUGGAAAGCCAUGCUCCUCCUGUGGGUUGGUUUUCUGGAAAAUAUGAAUGUUGCUGAGCAGUCUAGCAAUCUGGGAAUUCCCGCUAUUGUCAUUACUGUCAUUUUUUGUCUAAACAAUUUUGAUUGAUUAUUGGUGAAGAGAUUACUGUGACGUAGUAAAUGUUUGCUGCAAACAGACAUUGUAGGUCAUUGAAUGCGUAUGUCAAAGAUCAAUGUUUUUUAUCUCAA